AUGUUCGCAGCCGAUCUAUCGUGGCAGAAGGCGGAAAGUGUUGGAGAGCACAAAGAACGAAAAGCUCGAGAGCGAUCGUCUGGAACGCCUUCCGUUAGGACCUCAGUAACAUCAACGAGCUCCAGCUCAACAGACAGGCAAAAGUGGUGGACCUCUGGGCUGAAGAAAGUCAAGGCAAAGGCCUCCUCGAGCUCCUCGUUCAAAGCGCGGCCAGUAACAAGCCCAAACUCGAGUUCUCAGCAGAGAUCCGAUGCACCACCUCUUCGACCUGUUCACGAAAUGGUGACAAGAGAUAUUCCAAAUUGGGAGCUCGAGCUUCCAUAUCAAAUAAAGGACCCUGCCCCACAGCCCGCCUACACCUUCUCAAAAUCGCUGUCUCCAAGAUUACCAUCAGGGGGCACGAUGGAUCUGUUGGAGUGCGAUGUACCAGAGCUCGAAGGUGACAUGUCAUCUCGCUACACGCAUUCCAUCGUUUCUGUAUCAUCACAUGACCAGCAUUGGGAAGUGAACACACCCCAGACAGAAGCUACGAGCGGGGUUGACGAACUGCAUGGAUAUGACCCGUAUACCCUUGCUUCGAGCGAUAGGCGAACGAGUACCGGAUCUCCUGAACAACAAGAUCCGGCAACAGUGCCGAGAGCUGAUGUACUUGGAAGAGAAAAACGGAAGACAAUGGUCCCAAAAAUCGAGACUCGAAUGGGCCAAAAGCCUUGUGCCCAAGGAGCCACGACCACAAGUGUGGUGAAGCCGGGGGGAAUAGACGCGAAGCUUCUUACAUGCGGACCGAUGGCCCAGUGGGACAGUCUUUCACCAAUGAUGGUACCCAGAGACCUUCGCAAACCGUCCGCACCCCGAUCAUCCAAGAUCGCCACUACGCAGAACCACGCAUUUGCGCGAACGCGAUUCCAGCGUUUCAUUCAGAGACUAGAAAGUGCAGGGCCACAGCUUGUCUUAGACAGGCUCAAGGAAGCCCUGCAGGAGCCUGCGAACCAAGAAUCAGAAGAAGACUUGCUGGAGCAACAACUCUGGCUGUUGACUGGUUUCCAGCUGCAAAGCUUAGGCAAGGCUCGGAUCGUUCCGAAACCACAGUGUGACACGGGCAAGGUCCUGGAGCUUUAUGGUAACCUCUCUGAGGUCUACCAGUCAUCUGCAAUGCACCCAAACCAAACAGUACAUUUCCUAACCACAAAGCCGCAAAGGACUCUUUCCCUUCCUAGCAAUGUGUCUUAUCUGACAGUACGCGAAUUUGGAACAGUACCCCUGCCAUACCCAGAAGACUACUUCUCGCAUAUACGCGCAUCGACUCUGCCAUCUUUGGUACCCUCCGCGAAGCUGCCGGAGCUUUUCCGCGAGUGCUACAAGCUACUCGCCCCAGGCGGCCUGCUUGAAAUUAGAAUCAUGGAUGCAGCUCCCGUGCGCCGAACUGCUGGUCCCUUGAUGCGAAUGUGGAUUGAGGACAGACUGUCAGUAAAUCUGGAGAAGCUCUUCCGUUGUUCGAAGCCGUGCUCGCUAGUGCCAGGUUGGUUGGCGGAGGCAGGCUUCGAGCUAAGUGCGGAAAACGAUCAGAGUUUGACACUGCCAUGUGCAUUCGAUCAAAACUCAAACGAUGUUAACAAGGAGCUCUCGACGAUGAUCGGACAAGCUCUAUGGAAGGAUACCUGGGGUACAUUCGUCGACGAUCUUCCUGGAGAGCCGAAAUGGUGGUGGGAAGAGGAUAUCAUCAUGCAAGAGUGUCUCAAGAGGAAGACAGUAUUGGAAUGUCGCUGCUUGUUUGCUUACAAGAAGUGA